AUGCCCAUUUACAGCAGCGGAGGAUGUGACCCAGGAGCUCUCUAUUUCUAUGAGGCCUUGAACCAGCACCCUGAAUCUGAGAGUUCGAGUGAGGGGUUCGGCGUGGCAGAGAAGAUCGCACUGCUCACCUUUAUCUCGGCGGUUAUACUCAUGGCGAUCCUGGGGAACUUGCUGGUGAUGGUGGCAGUAUGCAGAGACAGGCAGCUCAGGAAAAUCAAGACCAAUUAUUUCAUUGUCUCACUUGCCUUUGCGGACCUGCUGGUGUCGGUGCUGGUGAUGCCCUUUGGAGCUAUUGAGCUGGUUCAGGAUAACUGGAUUUAUGGAGAGAUGUUCUGCCUGGUCCGAACAUCUCUAGAUGUCCUGCUCACCACAGCAUCAAUCCUUCACCUGUGCUGUAUCUCCCUAGACAGGUACUAUGCUAUCUGCUGCCAGCCUCUGGUUUACAGGAAUAAGAUGACACCACUGCGCAUUGCUCUAAUGCUUGGAGGGUGCUGGACCAUCCCGACAUUUAUUUCUUUUCUCCCUAUAAUGCAAGGCUGGAAUAGCAUUGGUAUAUUAGACUUGAUACAACAAAGACAGUUCAACAAGGCUUCCAACUCAACCUACUGCGUGUUCAUGGUCAACAAACCCUACGCCAUCACCUGCUCAGUGGUGGCCUUCUACAUUCCAUUCCUCUUGAUGGUGCUGGCCUACUAUCGGAUUUACAUCACGGCCAGGGAGCACGCCCGCCAGAUCCGGAUCCUCCAGCGUGCAGGGGCGCCCACAGAGGGGAGACACCACCCGGACCAGCAUAGCUCUCACCGUAUGAAGACUGAGACCAAAGCUGCCAAGACCCUGUGUAUCAUCAUGGGGUGCUUCUGUCUGUGCUGGGCCCCGUUCUUUAUCACUAAUGUCGUGGACCCGUUCAUAAAUUAUACUGUACCUGAGCAGCUGUGGACAGCUUUCCUGUGGUUGGGCUACAUCAAUUCAGGGUUGAACCCCUUCCUGUAUGCCUUCCUGAACAAGUCUUUCAGACGUGCCUUCCUCAUCAUUCUGUGCUGUGGAGACGAACGCUACCGAAGGCCUUCCAUCUUGGGGCAAACUGUCCCCUGUUCCACCACCACUAUAAAUGGAUCGACGCACGUGCUAAGGUACACAGUUUUACAUAAUGGGCAUCAUCAGGAACACGAGAAGCUUCCCAUCCACAAUGACCCAGAAUCCCAGGAGUCCUGUUUCUAA